AAACCAGUGCUGCAUCAGUGUAUUGCAUUGCAUUUCCACCACAUGCGCAGACACGUGAUCUAGGAUCUCUCUCUCUCUCUCUCUCUCUCUCUCUCUCUCUCUGGGAUCUGCUUCCGUCUCUUCUCAAUUCCCAUUCUUCAUUUUCAUUCCUCCGAUCUGCGACUAUUCUCUCUCACCCCAACACAACACACCACACAUCAUGUUCCUCUUCGACUGGUUCUAUGGCAUUCUCGCUUCCCUUGGUCUAUGGCAGAAAGAAGCCAAGAUUCUCUUCCUCGGUCUCGAUAACGCCGGCAAGACCACUCUCCUUCACAUGCUCAAAGACGAGAGAUUAGUUCAGCAUCAGCCGACCCAGCACCCCACUUCUGAGGAAUUAAGCAUUGGGAAGAUCAAGUUUAAGGCUUUCGAUUUGGGGGGUCAUCAAGUUGCUCGCAGGGUCUGGAAAGACUAUUAUGCCAAGGUGGAUGCUGUUGUAUACCUGGUCGAUGCCUACGACAAAGAGAGGUUUGCAGAAUCUAAGAAGGAGCUUGAUGCUUUGCUUUCAGAUGAAGGUUUGGCAGGUGUUCCUUUUCUUGUGCUUGGCAACAAGAUUGAUAUCCCUUAUGCAGCAUCGGAAGACGAGCUUCGGUAUCAUCUGGGCCUCACCAAUUUCACCACUGGCAAAGGAAAGAUCAACCUCACAGAUUCCAAUCUUCGACCCCUUGAAGUGUUCAUGUGCAGCAUUGUGCGCAAGAUGGGGUAUGGUGAAGGCUUUCAGUGGCUUUCCCAGUACAUCAAGUAGAGUCUUUGUUCAUUUGUAUUUCCCCUUUUUUCUCUUCUCAACUAGCACUGUCUGCAGUUACAUCAGAAGAUCUUUUGACUUUGUUUCUGCUUUUGAUGAUUUUUGAUUGGAUUAUUUGAUACAACUGCAGUGAUAUUACAUGAUAAAAUUUGUAUCUUGAAAGAAUUUUUUGGGGAAUGUUCUCCUUUCAAAUACUCGAUUCUGUUGUAGGUUGGUAUGACUUGGCAGGAACUAUUAAUAAAUCUGGGAGAAUCUUAGUGCCUUAAUUUUCUUCCUUGUUACA